GUGGUUGGCAAAAGCACCUCUCACCUCCCCCAGCCCCUGGCCAAAGCCUAGCUGGCGGUCGCCUCACAGCAGAGGCCGGCGGGGCGGGGAAGGCGGGCAGGGGGAGGGCAAGCAGGAGGACGGGGCAGCCUGCAGGGGCAGCAGCUCCUGCCUGCACUGUAGCUCGGUGGCCAGGGGUGGAAAGAAGCAGCAAGCCGCAGCCGCAGCCCCAAGUCAGCCCCCGCUGCCCUGUCCCACCGUCUCAUCUCUCCCCCCUCGGUGAUAUGUGUCAUCUGAAUGUGUAGAACACUGACAUUCUCCAUAAAGAAGCAGCAGUGAUGAAUAGAAGAUAAGAUUUUGGUAGCAUCUCUCCAGCUCAACUCUCAGCAUUCUCUAGUGACAUUGGACAGCUGUUUCCUGCUUGCACAUGACUCUAUCUUUUCUGAUACCAAACCACUGCCUGCUCCUUGGUCUGUACUGGUACUGAAUUUCUAUUCAGUUCUACAUAGUUCCAGGAGACACAAUGGAGAAAUGCACAGAAUCACCACCGACCUUGAGAGGAGACAAUGUGAUUCUGCAGCCACAAAUGCAGCAUCCGCCUGAUGAUAACCCCACGUUAAGAGGACAAGUUGUACCUGUCCUGAGUACCCCAGUGAUGUCUGUGCCCUACUCAGGUGACCAUCUCCCUCAAUUUCAUGGUAACCCAACCAAUAUCAUGGGCUUUCUUGCUCAGGUGACUACCUAUUUGACGGCUCUGGAGGUUUCGAAUCCUGCAGAUGAUGCCCGAAUUAAGCACUUUUUUGACUACCUAUCCCAGCAGAUGCAAAGUUGUGACAUCAUGUCUGAGUCCCACCAGAGGAACAUAUUGAAGCAAUAUGAGAACUUUGUUCUUGAGUUUCAGCAGUCAUUUGGUGAACGCACAAAACAAGAAAUGACUCCUCCAAUGAAUAUGAAGGUUGACAAGAGAGACAACUCUCAGCAGGAUGCUACUACUUCCCAAGUUCUUGGUCAAAAUCUGAGUUAUAGUGAAACCAACCAGAGCAACCAGAUCCAAAAGGGACAAGCUGAAGCCACUCAUGAUGAAGAAAUCACAGAUAUAAUGGGAAACCUGCCAGAUUUGAUCACUCAAUGCAUUCAGCUGGACAAAAAACACAAAGACAGGCCAGAGCUCCUACAGUCAGAAUGUCAUGUCCCGGUGUUUGCUUCCACAAAUCAUUCUCAAUCUUUCCUGAGCCCCAUAAGUCUACUAUCCAAGGAGGAGCCCAAACAAUUUCAGGGAGCUCAACUGCCUGUCACUCCAGCCAAAAGAGCCCGCCAGCAAGAAACUCCAUUAUGUCUUUACUGUAGCCAGGCUGGUCACUUCACAAGGGAUUGCCUUGCUAAACGUUCUCGAACUCCAGCAAAGAAAAAAAUGUAGCUCACUAGUAAGGUGGAUAGGAAAUCACAUUGUAAAUUCAUAGUCCUCUCACCACUGGCCUUAGUGAUUUGUAAACUUUCAAAAUACAAAGGAGUUGUUAUGGAAUCACAUUAAAAACAACCAUGAACAUUUACAU